UCGCAAUAAGUUGAGAUGAAAAAUGCGCUUUCGUCUUUCCACUGUAGCUCAGCCUGUGGGGCCAUAUUGGCAUACGUCCAUCUGCAAGAACAUCCAUCCGAUCUUCUCCCCCACUCGGGCACACCCGGCGACAGCAACAAUCUCGUCGCCGCUCUGAUGCUAAGGCCGCCGCCGGCGCCACUGCUCCCUCCAGCUUCCCGCGCUUCCUUCCUUCCUCCCCACAAAGCCGCGAACCCCAACACCGAACCCACUCCCGCGACCUCCACGACCGCCAGAGCCACACCCAUGGGCGCGGCUGCGUCCUGGCCGCGCGCGCUGGGCCAGCGCUUCAACCCGAGAGGCGUGGCCGCGGUGGUGGCCGUCGCGGCGUCCGAGCCGCGUCUAGCGCUGCCGCACGUGUCGGUGCAGGACAUCCGGUGGCUGGACUGGGCGGAGCUCCGCCGCGCCGGGUUCCGCGGCGUGGUUUUCGACAAGGACAACACCCUCACCGCGCCCUACGCUCCCGAGCUCUGGCCGCUGCUGACCGCCUCGUUUGACCAGUGCCGCGCGGCCUUCCCCGGCGCCAUCGCUGUCUACAGCAACUCCGCAGGGUUGAAGCAGUAUGAUCCAGAUGGGUCGGAUGCCAGUACGAUUGAGGCGACUAUCGACGGGGUUCAUGUGAUUAGGCAUGAUGCAAAGAAGCCUGCUGGGGCAGCCAAGGAAAUAGAGAGUUAUUUUGACUGCUCAGCUUCAGAUCUUGUGCUGGUUGGUGAUAGAUACUUUACUGAUGUUAUCUAUGGAAAUAGGAAUGGUUUUCUUACUGUAUUUACAGAACCAUUGAGUUUUGUCGGUGAAUCUUACAUUGUCAGAAAGGUUAGAAAACUGGAAGCGUACAUUAUCAAUUAUUGGUACAAGAAAGGGCACAGACCACUCAAGCACCCUUUGCUCCCUGAUGCAAGAACGAUUGUGAAGUUUGAUCCGUGUGAAGGCCCAGUCUCACCUAGAGCAUAGCACAGUCAUGUAUAUGUUACCAACUGACACUCGUCUGGAGAACUUGUUGGAUUCUUUUAUCUGAACCUCACAAAUUUCAGUUUCUUAUCGGGCUAAAUAUAGAGGGGAAUAUGAUGUGUGUAAAAAAAAAACUUGGUAUCGUUCGUGUUCAGUGGCUUCUUUUGGUUCAA